AAAUGUUCAAAACAAUUACAUCUUCGGGACUUUUUGUGUACUUCGUGUCCGUUCACUUUUGGUUUUAAUACCACAAAUCAUUAUAGACAUGAACGUCAGUGUACUAGUUAAACGUGCGGCGACAAAAACGCUAAAGUGGUAAAUUCCAUGCUACUGUACUCUCUGGACUGUAACAAUUUCACCUGUAGUAUAUCCGAAACGUGUGCUUUAAACCAACAAAGGUAUUGCGAUUAAAAUAAAAGUUUAGUGUUCGAGACAGGUGCUUUUCAGAGUCUUGGCGGUCCGUAGGAGAAUAUGCACCUGCUUCAGUCAUGGUUAAUAUAUUUUACUAUUUGACGGACCGACACUAAUUACUGGCAUGGAUGUUCUUUUGGCUGCAAUAGAGAUAUUGACGGACCCAUCUGGACACCAAGAGCACUUGAUUAAGGUGAAUGAAGAGAAGCCAGAUCCAAGUCCAUCUUCUUGUGAUCACCCCAGUGUGUUUGACAUUUGUGUGGGGUUAAAAAAAGAUGAUGAUGUUAGGGAUGAGGAAGCUUCUGACAUGUGUCCAGCCAAGCAGGAUUCAACCAUGCUCACAGAUAAGGAGGAGCCUGGGGUCCCCAAACAAGAAACUGGUAAAAGGAAAAGGAGUUGCUCAAGAAAGAGCACAAAAACAGGAGUCCGCUCUAACAAAUCAAACCACUAUUGUGGUAAAUGCGGACAAAACUUCAAAACGUCAGUUCACUUUAAAAGACAUAAACUAGUUCAUUCAGGAGAAAGGCCUCAUGGUUGUCCUGAGUGCGGCAAGAGGUUCAUUACGUCCUCUGAACUAAAAGUACAUCUGCGUGUUCACUCAGGAGAAAAACCCUACCACUGCUCUGAAUGUGGAAAGAGCUUUGCUCAGUCAGGGUCGUUUUCUAAUCACCGCAGACUUCACAGAAAUGAAAAACGUCAUCACUGCCCUGAGUGUGGCAAGGGUUUCCAGCAACUUAUAGAUCUACGAAUUCACCAAAGGGUUCAUACAGGAGAGAAGCCGUUCACGUGCUCACAAUGCUGGAAGGCCUUUUCAACAUCCGGAGCGUUACGAGUUCACCUGCGAACCCAUACUGGUGAAAAACCUUAUGAGUGCAAAGAAUGCGGGAAGACGUUCUGCCAGCUGGGAGGACUUAAAGUUCACAGACGUGUUCAUUCGGGAGAAAGGCCUUACGUGUGCGGUGUGUGCGAGAAGCGCUUCAAGGGACAUGCCAAUUUGAUCGCACACAGGCGGAUUCACACAGGCGAAAAGCCUUAUCGAUGCACCGUAUGCAACAAGACCUUCACCGACAGCAGGAGACUAAAAGAGCACCAGCCACCUCAGUCAGAAGAGAAAGCGUUUCGCUGCGGGUUGUGUAGUGAAGCUUUCGGUGCUUUCUGUCAACUUAAAGAACACCAGCAGCGUCACAAAGGAGAGAAGCACCAUCAGUGUACUCACUGCGGAAAGGCCUUUACGCAUUUGUAUCUGCUGAGGAGUCACCAACGCACACACUCGGAUGAAAGGCCGUAUUCCUGCACUGAAUGUGGAAAGGGCUUCCGUCGGUCAUUUGACCUGAAAAUGCAUCUGAACACUCACAGCGAAGCACGCCCUCACCAUUGCUCAGAGUGUGGAAAGAGCUUCCGCAGGGCUGCAGAGCUUCGGAUACAUCUGAGGGUACAUACGGGAGAAAAGCCUUAUCCCUGCUCUGUCUGCGGCAUGGGCUUCAAACAGACGUCACAACUCAAAGUGCAUGAACGCACUCACACAGGAGAAAGGCCAUUCCCCUGCUCGGACUGUGGGAAGACCUUCAAAGACAAGAGAAGCCUGCUAACACACCAGAGAGUGCACCAUAAAUAAGGAAGUCCUUCUAUUAAUAUAAUAUUUGGAAUAUAUAUUAUUGAGUGUUGAAAUCACAUUGGUCACAGUGGUGAAGUUUUAACAUGCCGAUUACAUUACUAUGCAAUUCUGUUGAUUGUAAGACGUAAAUGGGUAAAUGCAGAUUACUGAUUUUUUCAGUCUUGCUUGUGUCUUAAACUGUCCACUCAAAGUUGUUUUUGGAGGUAUGUUCAGGAAUGCCAUAUAUCUUUUUCAUUAUUUAUACAUCUUCGGUGAUUCAGGAAGAAAUUAGCUGUCUGACCUUUCUUUGAAAAGAAAUUGCUUAUGGAUUUUCAGAGUUUUUUAUACAGGUAUUAAUAUUUUGUACUGUGUAUGAAAACAGUGACUUUAAUUUAAAUGAAUGAUUUAUAUUUAUCUGAUGUAUAAUCUAUUUUCUUAUCCUAUUAUAAUCAAGUCAUGCUGAAACGUUUUGGGUACAAUGUAAAGACUUUAUUGUAUAUUUUUAUGCAACAUAAAGAGCAUGUAUACAAUGUUUUUACAUGUAUUUAAAAAGUUUUUUUUACUUACACAAAUAAACACUCUUUUACUUAUUUAGAAAAGUGAAAAAUACCUUUUCUUUUUAACCAAACAGACCAACAAGGAAGUUAAUCUACUGGAAGGACAGGUAUUUCAAAUAUGACAAAGUUAAGCUUCAAAAUUCAAGGAAAAAAACAAACAUAUUAUGACAAAUAGAGUAGCUUUAUGUAUAACAAUGAUAUUAGCAUUAGUCUCAUGUGUAUAUAAGCAUAUAGUAGUAUGAAAACUUGCAGGAAAAACAGCGGAUUGACGUUACAUAGAUACAUGUUGUCUUUUUCUAUUUGACGUUUUUACAUACAAUCUGUAAGAAAA